AUGGAACUCGAAAAACAAAUCUCUCCUCGCGAAUGCGAUGACGCUGAUCUCCUUGCCACAAUCGGGUACAAGCCCGAACUGAAGCGAAACUUCUCCAUGCUCCAAGUGUUUGGAAUCGCGUUUUCAAUCAUGGGACUUCUACCGUCCAUUGCCACAACCCUGUCCUUCUCGCUCCCAGCCGGUCCCUAUGGAAUGGUAUGGGGUUGGUUUGUGGCCUCAGGAUGCAUCUUCACAGUGGCUCUUGCCAUGGCGGAACUGGGCUCCUCUCUGCCUACUUCUGGAGGCCUGUACUGGUGGACAUACCACUUUGCACCAGAAAAAGCGAAGAAACCUCUUUCUUUUCUGGUAGGAUACACAAAUACGCUGGGUCUGACGGGGGGUAUCAUGUCUAUUGACUACGGCUUUGCCCAGAUCUUCACCAGUAUGAUCAUUGUGUGCACUGACGGCAAGUGGAACCCGUCUCCUUACGUGGUCUACGGCAUCUUUGCAGCCUGUGUAGUGUCACACGCGUGUGUGGGUUCUCUGGGAACCAAACACAUGGCCAAGCUUCAAACUGGAUGCAUCUACGCCAACAUUACCAUUAUUGUUGUCAUGAUCAUCGCACUACCCAUUGGAGGAAGACAUCAUCUCAACUCGGGAGCAUACAUGUUUGGCCAGAUUGAAAACAUGACGGAGGGCUGGCCCAGCGCCUGGGUCUUCUUUCUGGCCUGGCUGGCCCCCAUCUGGACCAUUGGAGCCUUCGAUUCAUGUGUCCACAUGUCCGAAGAGGCUUCCAACGCGUCCAGAGCAGUUCCCUUCGGAAUCAUUGCCUCGGUGGGCAUGUGCUGGAUUUUGGGAUUUGUGGUGAUCAUUGUUAUUGUUGCCGUAUUGCCCCACGACGUGCAACCUAUACUAGGAACCGUCUAUCAACAGCCCUUUGCCCAGUUGGUAUACGACACUCUUGGAAAGAACUGGACUAUUGGAAUGAUGACUGUUCUGUUUAUUCUGCAGUGGACCAUGGGCCUAUCCAACGUGAUUGCUGCCUCCAGACAGUCGUGGGCUUUUUCUAGAGACGGCGCUCUGCCCUUUUCAAACUUCUUCAAGGUGAUCAACGAAAAAUUCUCAAACCCCAUCAGAUGUGUCUGGGGAAACGCUCUUCUGGCCCUGUGUAUCGGAUGCUUAUGUAUGAUUGAUGCUGCAGCGGCCGCAGCUCUCUUCUCACUGGCUGCAGGCGCCAACUCUUUGGCGUGGCUCAUUCCCAUUGCUCUCAAGCUGUUUUACGGCAGAGAGUCGUUUGUUCCCGGUCCCUUCUACCUUGGAAAGUUCCUCUCAACCGCAAUUGGAGCGUUUGCAACCUUCUAUCUAGUGUUUGUGAUUGUGCUGAUCGAGUUCCCACAAACCUCAUCACAUCCCACAAAGGAAACCAUGAACUACACCUGUAUCAUUCUCUUCACCGUCUGGGGUGGUUGUAUGCUCUACUACUUUCUGUUUGCCCAUAGGUGGUACGAGGGUCCCAAGACGACCCUGGAGCCGGUUGUGAUGGAGGGACAGGUGGUCAACUGCAUUGAGGAGGACGACAAGAAGAAGGUAGAUGGUAGUUAUUGA